CUUCCUGCGAUCGCACUUCCGAGUCUAAUACCAGCUCUCUCUGGAGCAUCAGCGAUACUGCGCGAGAUAUGGGACUCUGUCCUCCGUGCCGUACCCAAGAAGAAGACCACACACUCGAAAAAGCGGAUGAGACAGCUGGCGGGAAAGGCGCUCAAAGAUGUCAAGUUCCUGGUGAAGUGCCCAGCAUGUGGGAGACCGAAGAAAGCCCAUUUCCUAUGUCCAUAUUGUGUUCAAGGUAAGGACUCGCGUGGGCCGACCGUACAAGGA